AGGGGGUGAGACGGGGAAAGGGCGCAAGACAAACAGGGGAAAUCACAAUAAUGGAGUGGCGGCGGAAGAGGUUGGUUUCGCGAGCUCGGACUCUUCAUAUUUGACAUUUACAUUUUCUGUAAAUUGAAUCUAAAUUCUGUUUUAACGGGUUGUGCACCGAUAUCUCCAGUAGCCUAGCUCACCUAGCUCAAGAAGCCCUCCACAGAUGCAGCAAAUGCUACACGUAAACGGGGGAUCCACCACUGGCACUAGGCAACGGUUUAUCAAUUCUGGUGGGCUUGAAUUAGAAUACUAAAGGACAUAUUUUGAAGGUAGCAUUGGUUGAGUAGAUUACAAAACCAUUGACCGUUUUACUGUGAAAUAUUGUAUUUUGGACUCUACUUGUUUUUUCCAAAAAGGAAAUUUUAUGUUAUGUUAUAAAUGAUUAAUUAACAGUAUAUCUAUUCAUGUCUAAUUUCAACGAUGUGUAACCAUGUAGGUUCGCAGGUUGAAUGUACAAUGUUUUGGUAAAUUAAAAUAAAGGCUAGUUAAUAAUAACAACAACAAUAAUAAUAAUAAUAAAUCAAUGUCUUUGAAAUGGAUUUCUUCUGAAAAGCUACAUUGCUACCAAAUGACAAGCACACAUUUGGGAACUCGUGGAAACAACCAGAGACGAGCAAAAACUGUGAGUGAGUCACUGAAAUAAACUAAAGAAACCUAUAGUGGAAAACAUGUUGCCUUCACAAGAAGCCGCCAAGAUUUACCAUGAAAACUACAUGCGGAACUCCCGUGCCAUCGGAGUACUCUGGGCGAUAUUCACCAUAUGCUUUGCCAUCAUCAACGUGGUUGUCUUCAUUCAGCCCUACUGGAUCGGGGACAGCGUGAGCACGCCGCAGGUGGGUUACUUCGGUUUGUUUCACCAGUGCGUUGGGAGUGGACCGCCCAACCGAGAGCUCGACUGCACGGGCAGCUUUACUGAGUUCAGCUCCAUCCCCUCCGGUGCCUUCAAAGCCGCCUCGUUCUUUGUACUGAUGUCCAUGAUUCUGAUUCUGGGCUGCAUCGCCUGUAUGGCGCUCUUCUUCUUCUGCAACACCGCCAGCGUCUACAAGACCUGUGCCUGGAUGCAGCUCCUAUGUGCUGUAUGCCUGGUGUUGGGCUGUAUAAUCUUUCCGAACGGCUGGGAUGCGGAGGUGGUGCGGGACCUGUGUGGGGAGGAGACGGGGAAGUAUACACUGGGUAACUGCUCUGUCCGCUGGGCUUAUAUCCUGGCUAUUAUGGGCAUCCUGGACGCCCUGAUCCUGUCCUUCCUGGCCUUCGUUUUGGGGAACAGACAGAACGACAUGUUCCUGGAGGAACUCAAGGCUGACAACCAUAAAGAUUUCGCUGUGUCCAAGGUUAGUGACUUUAUUGAGGUCCGGGACAGAAGACGCGACCCAAGGUAUGUUGCAGUCCAGAGGUUCCACUGAGGAGCUCCUUGUCUUGGAUGACCCCCCCUCUGAGGGGAUCCUUGCCUUGGAUGACCGCACCCUGAGAGCCUCCUUGUCUUGGAUGACCGCACUCUGAGAGCCUCCUUGCCUUGGAUGACCCCCCUCUGAGAGCCUCCUUGUCUUGGAUGACCCCCCUCUGAGAGGAUCCUUGUCUUGGAUGACCGCACCCUGAGAGCCUCCUUGUCUUGGAUGACCGCACCCUGAGAGCCUCCUUGCCUUGGAUGACCCCCCUCUGAGAGCCUCCUUGUCUUGGAUGACCGCACCCUGAGAGCCUCCUUGUCUUGGAUGACCGCACUCUGAGAGCCUCCUUGUCUUGGAUGACCGCACCCUGAGAGCCUCCUUGUCUUGGAUGACCACACUCUGAGAGCCUCCUUGUCUUGGAUGACCGCACUCUGAGAGCCUCCUUGCCUUGGAUGACCGCACUCUGAGGGGAUCCUUGCCUUGGAUGACCGCACCCUGAGAGCCUCCUUGUCUUGGAUGACCACACUCUGAGAGCCUCCUUGUCUUGGAUGACCGCACUCUGAGAGCCUCCUUGUCUUGGAUGACCCCCCUCUGAGGGGAUCCUUGCCUUGGAUGACCGCACCCUGAGAGCCUCCUUGCCUUGGAUGACCGCACCCUGAGAGCCUCCUUGCCUUGGGUGACCCCCCUCUUAGAGGAUCCCUGCCUUGGAUGACCCCCCUGAGGAGCCUUGCCUUGCCUUGGAUGACCCCCCCUCUGAGGGGAUCCUUGCCUUGGAUGACCCCCCUCUGAGGGGAUCCUUGCCUUGGAUGACCCCCCCCCUCUGAGGGGAUCCUUACCUUGGAUGACCCCCCUCUCCUCUACUCCCUCUCAUCCAGUCAUCAGGCUAAUAUCCAACCUGGCUCCAUGUUCAGACCACAUGUACAGCAUUCUGUAAUAUAAAACUGGGGAGAAACUAUAUUUUACAUAGUAUUAUGUUGUAAAGUUCAUUAACACUACUAUAAAAAAAUAUUAUAUUUGCAUAUAAAAUGUGUCCAAAUGGAACUAUACUUUGCAGCUUUACAAAAAUAGACCUCUGGGAAUUUAGAUACUGUCCAUACAAGGCAAUGUAUAUCUUUGGAACGGUACAAUGAGCAGCAAACUAUAUAACCCUUCAAUGGAAAUUUUGUUCAGUGUAUUUAUACCCUUUGCAAAAUGAUUUGAGUACAAAAAGUAGAAUAAAGCAGAACAAAACAAACAUUUUGUAAACAUUUAAUAGACCCCAUAAAACUGAAGCGUUUGGAGUAUUUUUAAAAGUAUUUACUGUCAAGCAAUUAAAAGUAGAGAAUAUUUUCUGAAAUGAUUCAUCUGAAACAGGGUAGGCUAAAGAAACGAUUCAUCUGAAACAGGGUAGAAUAGAGAAACAGUGUAGACUAAAGAAACAGGGUAGACUAAAUAAAUGAUUAAUCUGAAACAGGGUAGGCUAAAGAAAUUAUUCAUCUGAAACAGGGUAGGCUAAAGAAAUGAUUCAUCUGAAACCGGGUAGGCUAAAGAAAUGAUUCAUCUGAAACAGGGUAGGCUAAAGAAAUGAUUCAUCUGAAAAAUGGUAGGCUAAAGAAAGGAUUAAUCUGAAACAGGGUAGAAUAGAGAAACAGUAUAGACGAAAGAAACAGGGUAGACUAAAUAAAUUAUCUGGUAAACUAGAUACAGUAGAUGUCAGGAAAACAUAUUUGAGAUAUUAGUCCUCUCAGAAGGAAGCCCUGUCUGCUGCAUUCCCCUCAGGUCCCUCAGCACCGAGACACUGGGGCCACACGUCUCCACCACACCAUCCUAACAGGCUUUCUACUGCACAUUGCAGUGACCAACACGCACUGGGCCUGUGUGGAUUUAACCUGUUAACCCCACAAUGGGGAAAGAAUACUGGUAAAAAUCAUAAUCUAUGUAGAGGCAGUAUUUCUACCAACUUUAAAAAAUAUAUAUAUAUCAAAUAGCAUCUAGUGAAGAACUACACGUUUACUUCUGGUCCAUAAUCCUUGCUACACUGUACAGAGUUGUUGUAAAUUGAGAAGCUAAAUGCUAUGUUAUUAGGUGGCAGCCAAUUCUCAGGAAGCUGUACUGUAGGGGAGAGUGAGGUAUGUCUAGGAAACCAUACACAAAAUAAAUCAUGUUACUAAAUAUGUAGGAAGUCUGUGUGAAGGAAGAAACCACAUGGAAAAAAUGGUAAGCAAGUUAGGUCCCAAAAAUUAACAGAUUUUCACAAAGUCAAAUAAAUGUCUUGUCUUACAGGUUUCAGGAUGCUUCUAUCUAAACCAAAGUAGAUCAUUUUAAAACUGUUUUAUACAUCAGUUGGGGUCUAUAGAAGCUACAAUAUGUGGUCCUAAAUUUAGCAUGAAAGUGCAUCUUUGUAGCAAUGUGAGCUAAUAUAGUAAAAAGUGUUGCUUUGGGGUAAAUUGUGCCAUUUUACCAGGGGCAAGUUGAGCCAAUACAAAUGAUGAUUACAUUUUCUACGUUUUAUGCAUAAUAUGCAUAGUAUUUUGAAGAGACUUCAUAUUCAUGUGAUUUUCAAAUGAUGAAAAAUGCCUUCAUCAGUUGGUUUCGGCCACCUCUAGGCCACAACUGAAGUGUUUUCUUCUCAGACGUAAUGCAAGGCAUAUGAGGUUACACCAGGGUCUGAGCCUAUGUUAAAAGUGCUUUAAAAAGUACCAAGUGUCAUACCAAGAAAUAUGUCCCUAUGCUUACCCUGUUCCUAUGCUCUGUUUACGCCAUACUGUAAGUAGUGCCAAGAGAACACUGUUUUAGGACAAGCUAUGUUUUCAAAAUUAUUAUGGCUACGUGAAUUCUGAUUAUGUCACAACAUCUGAAAAUAUAUGCAUAUAUCUUUAUUAGGAAAAAAAACAAUAUUUCAUUUGACGUAGUGAUGUUAAAUGUAAAAGAUUCUCAACCCUGCUCUCCACUACUGUAAGACACUAAAUCAAAUCUAACUACUGUUAGUCCAGAAUAGAGCCUUGGGUCUGAUCGGACAAAACAUUGCUUUUGUAAAUAUCUGUUUCUCUCCUUUGUGUUGUUAUUUUGAGAGCUUGACAACUUGUUUUCCUUAGCUUAAUGAGCACACUACUGUACCUACAGAUGGGUUACACAACCAGAGACGGUUUACAUAACCAUAGAUGGGUUACAUAACCAACAACUCUUUUUUUUCUUCUGGCUCCAAAGUAAGGUUGAGCUCUGAGUGCUGUCUUUGCCCCAUCACUCAACUCAGUGGGAGGCCUCUUUGAAUUACAGUCAAUUAACAGAGUCAAGGAGAACAGUGGGCUUCAACACAAGCACACAUAAAGAAACACUGGAAUAUACAGUCACUGGCCAGUCUAUUAUUUACCAUCUAGUACCGGGUCGGACACCCCCUUUGGAUCCAGAAUGGCCUGAAUUAUUUGGGGCAUUCUACAUGGUGUCAGAAGAUUUCCACAGGGAUGUUUGUCCUUGCAGACACGAUGGCAUCACGCAGUUGCUGCGGAUUGGACGGCAAUACGUUAAUUCCAUCUCAUCCCAAGGAUAUUCUGCUCUAUUGGGUGGAGGUCUGGGGACUGAGUGAUCAGGCCACUCAAACUGAACUCACUGUCAUGUUCCAGGCCAUGUUUCUCCACUCCUCAAUUGUCCAGUGUUAGCGAUCAAGUGCCAAAUGGAGCCACUUCUCCUUGUUUUCAGCUGAUAAGAGUGGAACCCGUUGUGAUCGUCUGCAAUAGCCCAUCUGUGACAAGGAUCAACGAGUUGGGCAUUUUGAGAUGCCGCUCUGCACACCACUGUUGUACUGCACCGUUAUUUGUCUGUUUGUGGCCACCUGUUAGCUUGCACCAUUCUUGCCAUUCUCCUUCGACCUCUCAUCAACGAGCUGUUUUCGCCAACAGGACGGUCGCUGACUGGAUGCUCUUCUUUUAAAUCUCUACUAUUCUCGAUAAACCAUAGACACUGUCAUGCAUGAAAAGCCCAGGAGUGCGGUCAUUUCUUAUAUACUGGAUCCGGUGCGCCUGGCACCGAUGAUCAUACCACAUUCAAAGUUGCUUAGGUCACUAGUUUUGCCAAUUCUAACGUUCAACUGAACAGUACCUGAAUGCCUUGAUGCCUGUCUACCUGCAUUAUAUAACAAGCCACGGCAACGUGACUCACUGUCUGUCGGAGCAAUCAAUUUUGGUGAAAAGGGUAUCUAAUAGACUGGCCGGUGAGUGUAUAUUACAGAUAUAUCAUUUCAACCUGAUAUCAGUUUGUACUUCUUUUUUUUAAUAUAUCUUACCAACAAAAAUGUUGACAAUAUGUUGGCAUCAUCUGAUACAUGUAUUCAUGACAAUCUGUGGAUUUGCUGUAUAUUGAACUAUAUUGAACUAUAAUACUGUAUACCAGUGGUUCCCAAACUUUUUAUAGUCCCGUACCCCUUCAAACAUUCAACCUCCAGCUCUGUACCCCCUCUAGCCCCAGGGUCAGCUGUACCCCCUCUAGCACCAGGCUCAGCUGUACCCCCUCUAGCACCAGGGUCAGCUGUACCCCCUCUAGCCCCAGGGUCAGCUGUACCCCCUCUAGCACCAGGGUCAGCUGUACCCCCUCUAGCCCCAGGGUCAGUGCACUCUCAAAUGUUGUUUUUUUUGCCAUCAUUGUAAGCCUGCCACACACACACUAUACAAUACAUUUAUUAAACAUAAGAAUGAGUGUGAGUUUUUGUCACAACCCGGCUCAUGAGAAGUGACAAAGAGCUCUUAUAGGACCAGGGAACAAAUAAUAAUAUAAUAAUAAUAAUUUCUCUUUAUUUAACCAUCUUACAUAUAAAACCUUAUUUGUUCAUCGAAAAUUGUGAAUAACUUACCACAGGUUAAUGAGAAGGGUGUGCUUGAAAGGAUGCACACAACUCUGCAAUGUUGGGUUGUAUUGGAGAAAGUCUCAGUCUUGAAUCAUUUUCCACACACAGUCUGUGCCUGUAUUUAGUUUUCAUACUAGUGAGGGCCGAGAAUCCACUCUCACAUGGGUACGUGGUUGCAAAGGGCAUCAGUGUCUUAACAGCACAAUUUGUCAAGGCAAGAAACUCUGAGCACAGCCCUAUCCAGAAAUCUGGCAGUGGCUUCUAAUUAAAUUACAUUUACACAGAAUGGCUUGUUGCAAUUUCGAUGAGGCUCAUUGUUCAGAUAUCGGUAAGUGGACAGGAGGCAGGGCAUGAAAGGGAUAACGAAUACAGUUGUUUGUGUCAUUUGUUUCGGGAAAGUACCUGCGUAAUUGCACACCCAACUCACUCAGAUGCUUCGCUUUUUCACAUUUGACUUUGUCCGUAAGCUCUCUCACCCAGAUAGGCCAGUCGUGUGAAAAACUCAUCCUCAUGCAAGCGGUCAGACAAGUGAAAAUUAUGGUCAGUAAAGAAAACUUUAAGCUCAUUUCUCAACUCAAAAAAACGUGUCAAUACUUUGCCCCCUGAUAACCAGCACACUUCUCUGUAUGUUGUAAAAGUGUUACAUGGUCGCUGCCCAUAUCAUUACAUAAUGCAGAAAACAAAGUUAACCAUUUUCACUGUAAUGUCCAAAACAUCUUUGAAGCUGUCAGGCGUUCCCUUGGCAGCAAGAGCCUCUCGGUGGAUGCUGCAGUGUAACCAACUGCUUGUUGGUUAUUACCACAACACUGUCUCCCUGUCAUGGCUUCUGCGCCAUCAGUACAGAUACCAACAUGAGCAGCAGCUACGUCCCACCAGAGAAUAAGGGUUCAUUUGAUUGGAAGUUCAUUAUUUGACUACGCAACCUGUAUUUGGUAUUGUGUUGUUAUUUUGCUGAACACUAGAUGGUUUCAUUUUAUUUUUGGCAGUGAAACAAGGCUACUCAGGUGAGAGAGAAAAACACCCAGAUGUAUAGCCCUGUUGGAAAAUAAAUCUAAAUCACAUUUCUAUUUGGCGACGGCAUUGCGUACCCCAGUUUGGGAAUACCUGACCGUAUACAAUAUUGUUGAGAUUUUCUGCUGACAUUUUAGUUGUCUGUGUUAUGGAAUGAAGCAGUAAUGUAUUGUGAGAUUUUAAUGGAAGUGUAAUGAUGAUCAUUCAUUCUCUCACUUUGUAAAAUGUCUUAAACCUAAAAAGGCUAAAUUAAUUGUUAAGAGUGUUGGUUCAGCAACUACAACAAAACAACAACAAUAACAAUAUCAACUAAUCAAGUAACAUUUGACCAUUGUUUAAUGUGUGUCCAAAGACAUAAACGUGUCCACAUGUUGUACCAUU